AUGAGCUCUCUCCGCAUCGCCCGAGCUGCCCUCCGCGCAAGGCCCGCUGCCAUUGCCCGCCCCAUCCAGCGCAGAGGGUACGCCGAAGUCGCCAAUGACAAGAUCAAGCUCUCCCUAGCUCUCCCGCAUCAGUCUAUCUACAAGUCCCAGGAUGUCGUCCAGGUCAACCUCCCCGCGGAGACCGGUGACAUGGGUGUUCUGGCCAACCACGUUGCCUCCAUCGAGCAGCUGAAGCCCGGCCUAGUCGAGAUCAUCGAGGAGCAGGGUGGCAGCAAGCAAUUCUUCCUGUCUGGUGGAUUUGCCGUUGUGCAGCCCAACUCCGUCCUCAGCAUCAACGCCGUCGAGGGCUACCCAUUGGAGGACUUCAGCGCCGAGGCUGUCAGGAACCAGAUCGGCGAGGCACAGAAGAUUGCCAGCGGAAACGGCAGUGAGGCUGACAUUGCUGAGGCCAAGAUCGAGCUCGAGGUCCUCGAGAGCCUGCAGGCUGCAUUGAAGUAA